AUAUACCACCUACAUUAAGAAUGUACUUUGGUCAAGUACUGUAUGAAGUUAAAAGACCAGGACUGGAAUGGUUGAUGAGAGUCAUUUUUGAUAGAGAUCUAAGCAGAUACAUAAAUGAUAAAUUUAAUGAUGCUGAAUUUGGUGAUUCUUUUUCUUUUACAUUCAAUGAUGCUGAUGGAUAUAUUGAGUUGUGUUUCAAUGAAGUGGUGCCUAAAGGUUGGUCAAUAAGACCUCAUAAAACUCCAGUAAUAGCCAGUAGGUAUAAUAUUGAGGAAUAUGGAAACAUGUCUCCUCCAGAAUGUCUAAUUACAAUCACAGCCACACCUGAUGAAGACACAAUUAAGGAAUUAAACUAUCCUGUAACAAUGAGAGGAAUAACAUCUGAUAUUGAAAAAAUAAACAUUGUAUUGACAAGAGGUUAGUCUCAUUGCAACAGUAUAUUAAUUGCUAUGCAGGCAACUUGCUAUACUGUUGCAGUGCAUGUGUUAUCUACCAUAUGGCUCCAAAUUUUGUCAGUCAAAAAUCUUGAUUUUUUGUUAAUACAAUUUUCAUCCUUUUGUGAUAAAUUUACAUACCACUUACAUGGAACAAAUUUUUGUCUGUUAAAAAUUUUAUUAAACAAAAAUACCUGAAAAAUUUGACUA